UCAUCCUAUCUCUGGGAAUUAGGAUUACCUUCAGAGGAGCAUGAAGUUAUCACCGAAGAUGGCUACAUUCUUACUAUGUUCAGAAUUCCAAAACCUGGUGCCACUCCAGCACUUCUUAUGCAUGGAUUUAUGGGCACUUCUGACAUGUGGCUUUUAAUGGAGAGGGAUAAUAAUUUGGCAACAAUCUUGGCUGACAAUGGCUAUGAUGUAUGGAUUCCAAACAUGAGGGGAAAUAUCCAUAGCCACAAGCAUACUUUUCUCUCAUCCGCUUCCAAUAAUUUUGAAUAUUGGAAUUUCAGCAUUGAUGAAAUUGCUAAAAAAGAUUUACCUGCAAUUAUGAACCAUAUUACGACUAAUACUGGUAAACAAAAGAUGUUCUACAUUGGUCACUCAAUGGGUUCAACAGCCUUUUUCAUUCUUUGCUCUGAAGAUCCACAAAUAUGUGAACGGUUUCACUCUGCUGUACUUUUAGCACCUAUUGCUUUUCCUCCAGAAAGGGUGCGGCUUCAGACUGUUGAUGUUUUCGUACAGUGGGGAAGUGUUUUAGCGGAGAUGCUCAGAAAAAUAAAUGUGUAUGAAUUUCUUGGCAGUAAUCAACCCUUCAUAAAAUUAUUUCAUGGUUCUUGUGUAUCAGAUUUGUUUAUAUGCAGAGCUGUUCUUCAACUACUGUUUCGUUUUGAUAAAGGAAGUUUGCCUCAUCCAUUAUCUGACUACGUGACGAGCAGUUUUGGGGGUACAUCAGUUAAAGUUUUUGAACAUAUUUCAAGAAUUAUAGCAAGAGAUGGAACUUUUGGCCCAUAUGAUAGCACCAGUGUACUUUACAAAAGACAUCACUCUUCAGUUGAGUAUAAUCUAGAAAAUAUUGAAGUUCCCAUUGGUUUAGUAAGUGGUGCAGACGAUAUUUUUGUUGAUGAAAAGGCAAUGGAUAAACUCAGGCCUAAGCUGAAAAAAAUCAUGUUUGAUAUAGUGGUUCCGGGUCCAUUCAAGCAUUUAGGUUACUUUUAUGAGGUUAAGAACAAUUAUCAAAUGGUCACUGAAAUUCUCCAUCUGCUAAAGGACUUCAGUUAUCGAUCUAAUAGCUUGAUUUAA